AUGUCGAGCCGGGAGCAGACGGGAUCAACCAAUGUGGUUUACCAAGCCCAUCAUGUCAGCAGGAGUAAGAGAGGACAAGUUGUCGGUACCAGGGGUGGAUUUCGAGGCUGCACGGUUUGGCUAACAGGCCUUUCUGGAGCUGGCAAGACAACCAUUGGCUUUGCUCUGGAAGAGUACUUGGUCUCUCAUGGCAUCCCUUGCUAUUCCCUGGAUGGUGAUAACGUUCGGCAUGGCUUGAAUAAAAACCUGGGUUUCUCGGCUGGGGACCGUGAGGAGAACAUCCGUCGCAUCGCAGAGGUGGCCAAGCUGUUUGCUGACGCUGGGCUCGUCUGCAUAACUAGUUUCAUUUCUCCUUUCACAAAGGAUCGUCAAAACGCACGGAAAAUUCAUGAGGCAGCUGGACUUCCUUUCUUCGAAAUCUUUGUAGAUGCUCCUCUAAAUAUUUGUGAAAGCAGAGAUGUGAAGGGCCUGUACAAAAAGGCAAGAGCUGGAGAGAUCAAAGGAUUCACGGGGAUUGACUCAGACUAUGAGAAGCCCGAAUCUCCUGAACUAGUGUUGAAAACGAAUGUUGCGUCGGUGUCUGAAUGUAUUCAGCAGGUUGUGGAGCUCCUCCAAACACAAAACAUCGUGCCCACCGGCUCAAUUAAGGAUGUUCUUGAGCUGUUUGUACCUGAAAAUAAACUCAAUAGUGUCCGAGCUGAAGCAGAGAUGCUGCCGUCCGUGGAGAUCACUAAGCUGGAUCUGCAGUGGGUGCAGGUGCUGAGCGAAGGCUGGGCCACUCCACUGACCGGCUUCAUGCGCGAGGCAGAGUACUUGCAAGUGAUCCAUUUUGGCACCCUGCUGAAUGGAAGGAAUCGCUCUGUAGCUGACGGCGUUGUCAACCUGAGCGUCCCCAUCGUGCUGCCCAUCUCCACGGAGGACAAGGAGCGGCUGGAGGGCUGCGAGGCGCUGGCGCUCAGCUACGCGGGGCGGAGGGUGGCGGUCCUGAAGAACCCCGAGUACUUUGAGCACAGGAAAGAGGAACGCUGCGCCCGCGUCUGGGGCACCACCUGCGCGAAGCACCCGCACGUCAAAAUGGUGAUGGAGAGCGGAGACUGGCUGGUUGGUGGAGACCUCCUGGUGCUGGAGAAGAUCAAAUGGAACGACGGGCUGGACCAGUACCGCCUGACACCGCUCGCUCUCAAGCAGAAGUUCAGAGAAAUGAACGCCGAUGCUGUCUUCGCAUUUCAGCUGCGCAACCCCGUCCACAACGGGCACGCCCUGCUCAUGCAGGACACGCGGCGCCAGCUUUUGGAGAGGGGUUACAAAAACCCCGUGCUUCUCCUGCACCCCCUGGGAGGAUGGACCAAAGAUGACGAUGUCCCGCUGGAGUGGCGGAUGAAGCAGCACGCAGCGGUGCUGGAGGAGCAAGUCCUGGACCCCAAGUCGACCGUCGUUGCCAUCUUCCCCUCUCCCAUGCUCUACGCCGGCCCCACGGAGGUGCAGUGGCACUGCCGAGCUCGCAUGAUUGCCGGGGCCAAUUUCUACAUCGUGGGCCGCGACCCUGCCGGCAUGCCUCACCCCGAGACCAAGAAGGACCUCUACGAGCCCACGCAGGGAGGGAAGGUCCUCAGCAUGGCGCCGGGCCUGACCUCGGUGGAAAUCAUCCCCUUCCGGGUGGCUGCUUACAAUAAACUGAAAAGGGCCAUGGAUUUUUAUGACCCGAAAAGGCACGAUGAUUUUGACUUCAUCUCGGGAACACGCAUGAGGAAGCUUGCUCGUGAAGGUGAAAACCCACCAGACGGCUUCAUGGCCCCCAAAGCUUGGAAAGUCCUAACCGAGUACUACCAGUCGCUGGAAAAAAAGAAUUAACACUACUCCUCCUCCCUAGAAAUACUUGUAUUAAGAGUGAGCAAUGAUUGAUUGAUUCCCUAUGACACAGAUCAGUUACUUGGCAUUUCCAGCGCUCUGAACUGUAGGAUUUUCCUACCUGGGUCAGAGUGUUUUUUACUAAUCAUCAGAAAUACUUUGAGCCUGGUCCUUCUCCCCUUGAAGCUGCCGGCAGCG